AUGGAUACCGAAGGUCAAGAUAUCAAUGCUGAAAACGCAUCAUCAUCAACAACGUCAAACGCUACAAACGCGACAACAACAUCGCAAGUUCCAUGCAGUGGUUUACAGCCGUUUCCUCCCUUUAAUCCACACCAAGAUACAGCAACAGUGGGUCAACGAUGGACUAAAUGGGUUCGUCGUUUCGAAAACUUGCUUAUAAGUCUUCGUGAGUUUGAUUCAACCGUUAGGAGAGGUUUAUUGUUAACCUAUGUAGGCGAGUCAGCCAACGACAUUUUCGAUAUUCUCCCCGACACUGGCACAACUUAUCAAGAAGCGAUUGAUUGUUUCACACAACACUUCGUGCCACAAGGAAAUACAGACAUGGCUAUAUUCGAUUUUCGAGAGCUAAAGCAAGGAUCCAACGAAACGCUCAACGAAUACUACCGUCGACUGAAGACAAAAGCAGUACAAUGUAAUUUUCACAGCGAGGAAGCCGAGAUUAAAACCCAAAUUAUUCACAAAACCCGCGAUUCCCGGUUAAGAAAGAAAGCGCUUCGUGAGACGAUGGCUCUCAAACAAAUUCUCGACUACGGGAAUACCUUAGAACGUACAGAUGAACAGUCUAAACGCCUCGAUAACGCCAGCAAAUUCCCAAGUGAAAGUAACGAAACGGUAAAUUAUAAUUACAACGAAAAGAAUUCAAAACAACAUCGAAAAUUUCCAACUUCCGGUGGAUCAAAUUCCAGAUACAGACGCCCAAGAAGCCCGAUUCGCGUUUUCAAGGAAAUAAAUACCAGAAAGAAGCUCCAGAUAGCGGUCGAAAGUCCCAAACCUGUCGUAACUGUGGAGGUAAAUUCCCGCACAAAGACGGAAUAGAGUCCUGCCCAGCUCGAGGUAAACCUUGCCACAACUGCAAGAAAAUCGGUCAUUUUGCAAAAUAUUGCAGAUCUCAAUCUAAGGACAGUGGAAAUGUCAGACAUGUCAACCAAGAGAAAAGUUCUGAUUAUCUUCAAGACUCGGACGAUGAAUUUCUUUUUACUGUCAACACAAGCUCGGGUAAACAUCCAGAAACGCAAGUACAGAUUGGACACACUAAAGUAAACAUUCUGAUUGAUUCCGGAGCCUCUGUUAACCUUCUGAACUACCCAAUUUUUCAACAAAUUCAGAAAGACGACAACCGUAUCAAGUUACAAAAGACCAAUGCCAGAAUCUUUGCAUAUGGAACAUCAACACCACUCGAGUUAGCCGGAGAAUUUCAAGCAACCAUCACCUCAGCAUCAGGGACAUUCAAAACUGCUAAGUUUUAUGUAGCACAGAAGAAAUCUAAGUGUAUUCUUGGAUACGAAUCAUCUUCCUCAUUGGGACUUAUCAUCCUCAACAUCAACACCCUCAACCCGGUUCAACAAGAUCAUGAUGUACGUCGCAUUAUCAACAAACAUCCAAAGCUAUUUGAAGGAACGCGAAACCUCAAGGGACGUGAAGUGAAGCUCGAAAUUGACCCAACAAUAACCCCGGUCGCACAAACAAAUCGGAAAAUUCCGCACAGCAUGAAAACCAAAGUAAACAAAAAGCUGCAGGAGAUGAGAGAAGAAGGGAUAAUCGAGAAAGUUGAGGGAGCAACGCCUUGGUUAUCACCGUUGAUAGCCAUCCCAAAGAAGAGUGGGGACCUCCAACUAGUGUUAGACAUGCGUAUACCUAACACAGCACUUGUAAGACAAAUUCCUACAGUCAACGAGAUACUUCAAAAGAUGGAGGGAGCAAAAGUCUUUACAGAGGUUGACUUGUCGCAAGGUUAUCUUCAACUGACCUUGGCAGAGGAAUCCCGUCAUAUUACAGCAUUUUCAACCCCUGAAGAUCCGUCCGCAUAG